CCAGCGGAGUCUGCGCAGACGGCGUGCGCGUGUCCCGUCAGCCAGGCGCACCGCAGCACUCGAACCUGUGACCAGGUGCCGACAUGGCCGAGAAGGGCCUCUCCGACGAAGCCGCGGCGGCGGCGUGCAAAGAGGGCAGCCCCAUCACGAAGGACUUCCUGAUGCAGCAGACCAUGCUGAGGGUGAAGGACCCUGUGAAAUCCCUGGACUUCUACACGCGCAUCCUGGGCAUGACGCUGCUGCAGAAGUUCGACUUUCCCGCCAUGCGCUUCUCCCUCUACUUCCUGGGCUAUGAGGACAAGAAGGACAUCCCGGCCGACGUCGGCGAGAGGACGGCUUGGACCUUCUCCCGGCGAGCCACCAUCGAGCUCACGCACAACUGGGGGACGGAGUCUGAUGACAGCCAAUCAUACCACAACGGGAACUCGGACCCCCGCGGCUUCGGCCACAUCGGCGUUGCCGUACCCGACGUGUACGCUGCCUGUAAGCUCUUCAAAGAGCAGGGAGUCACUUUCGUCAAGAAACCGGAUGAUGGUAAAAUGAAGGGUCUGGCAUUCAUUCAGGACCCGGAUGGUUAUUGGAUCGAGAUCCUGAGCCCCAACAACAUGCUCUCUAUCACAUCCUAGAUAGAUUUUCCUUUUCGGGGGGCGCUGCGGGGAUGGCGCUGCGGGCAUUGUGGUAUUAAAAAAAAAAAAAAAAAAAAACUGAAUUGAGUAGUGUAAAAGGAGAGGAUGCACGUUGGGAGAACACACACACACACACACAGUGUGAGGUUUGCCUUCAGUCAGUAAAUGUGUGUUAACAAGCUGCAGUGUCCAGAUCCUGUAGUAUUAUUAUAACUUUGUGUUUAAUUUUGCUGAAUUAUUGCUUACGUUUGCGGCUACGAGCUGUGCUGUGCCACCCCUUCACGUGUCCUCCGUGUGAAUGAGCCAUAAAGUUUGAUUCCCCUGAAGCUGCA